CCCCCGAGGUCAAAGCCAGAAAUGUUGUUAGAGUGAGUUGCCCGCGUUCAUUUGGACAGUGUCUUCAUGUUUUCAAAGGUCGACUGUUUUUCUACGAUUUUGUGGAAGUAUAAAUAGGAACAAACUAACGCAGUCAUCUGGUUUGGACUUGUUAAAAUCCUAGACUUCACUGGAUACUGCAGAUAAUCAGAAGCACGCUAGGAUGACCAGUGUGCUUUGCAGCAGAAGCAGGUUGGUAAGUUACCUUCCAGGGCUCCAUGUGUUGGUGUAUCGUGUGGCUGGAGGCAGAGCCUUCUCUGCUGCUGAUUCUUCAGGCUUAAAUGAGCCCGCUUUGGCCACUUCUCACUCUGCUAAAGGACUGCAGACACUACGGCCUGAUGACAUAAUGGCGCCGUUCGGGCCCCAGGACCAGCGCUUCCUGCUGCCCGGUAAUGUGGGCUUUGACUGCCAGCUGGAAGGAUUGACAGAGCAACAGAAGAGCCUGACAGACAAAAUGCUACCAGAUGUGUUGUCUGCUCCAUCCUGCUAUCAGAAGCAUGAGUGGCUUCUAGCCCAGUCUGUUAGAGAGCUCUCUAACAAGGGCAAUCCUGCGUCCUCUGGCAAAGUCAGCACAGCUGAACAGUACUUUGACAACUCGAGAGUAGAGUGUGCCACACAGGCGUGUCCUGAACUCUUAAAGAAAGAUUUCCAGUCAAUGUUUCCUGAAGCUCCAUCCUGUGGUAUGAUGGUUGUCACGGUUACCCAGAAGACGCAGAACGAUAUGGCGUCAUGGUCUGCUGAGGUGGAAGAUGAGAGAGAGCAGAUGCUUGACAAGUUUGUUGCAGGUGCACGGGAGAUCUGCUGUGCGCUGCAGCGAGAAGGAUUCUGGGCAGACUUCAUCGACCCAUCGUCAGGCCUCGCUUACUUUGGCCCGUACACCAACAACACACUGUAUGAGACAGAUGACCGAUACCGUCACCUGGGCUUUCAGAUUGAGGACCUGGGCUGCUGCAAAGUGAUCCGACACUCGUUGUGGGGGACACAUGCUUUUGUAGGGACAAUAUUCACCAGCGCACCACCUGAUACUCCUACUAUGAAGACGUUGCAGGGUAGAUGAACACAGGCUCUGGGAUACCGAGUGUAAUAUGCCUCAACACUAACAGAGUGGUUAGUGGUUUUGACCAUAUCUGUAAUCAUAUUAAAGCUUAAAUAAUGCUGACACCACAAAGCUUGUGAAUGUUUUGUCUUUGAAAUUAGUCAUUUAUAGAAUGACCCAUUCAAUAAAUGAAUAACCGUUGUAUUAAUUACCUUGGCUGCCCUUUUAACCGCAGUUGUGUUAAACCAUUUUUCUGCUGUACUUGGUAGAGUUUGAAGAUAUUGCGCUGCUGCACAAAGAGACAAGUUCUCAGAAGAUAGUUUUCCGGUUUAUCAGCCUCAAUUUUUCUUAAGAAAAACACGAGCAUCCUCAGUGAGAAGUGAACUCAUUUUACAGUUAAUGUUGAACUCCUUUCUAAUCCUUGAAAAUAUUUUAGAAUCAUCACUGGACUGACUUGUUGAUCCCACCAUAAGAUGAGCCGUCUUGUUUUUGUGGCACAAUCUUGAAAAAUGAAAUUUAAGGAUUAAAAUGUGCUGAAAUGUUGACAUAAGUAAAGGUAGAAAUAGUUUAACUGUAAACUCUAAGAUGUUAUGCAAAUAUUAUGCAAAAUGAUUAGUAUUUUUUAGAUAAACAUUGUUUUGUUUUCAAGAUUGCAACAAUGAUGAGUAAAAUAAACCAAUUAACAAAAUUAAAUCGUUAAGAUAGUAUUUCAUUAUCUUUACCCUCUGAAAUGUAGGUACUGAAAUAUCUACUUAUUGCAACCAAGUACUGAUGGCUAAAUCAAGCUUGUAUUGAAAAAAGCUUUAUUACUCGAAGCUUUUCAACACAGCACUUUUUGGUGACAUCUAGUGGCCGGUAAUGAAGAGCAGCUUGAGUCUACAAAAUGAAUAGCUUUAUCAGGAUUGCCCACUCUACCGAGCUGACAGCUUCAGUUUAAUAUCACGUGACAUGUCUGUGUGAUACCGGACUUGGUGCCUUGUGAAUGUUUUUGGGUGAAAAUCUAUGUUCUGUCUAUUUGAUUCAUAAAUAAUUUUAAUGAAUAAACUUCCCUUGUUUAAACAUG